AGUCUCUUAUUACCGUACCUAUAUAUUAUUGUUAAUAAAAUCGUACACCCCGCCAAAAAUGUAAACAAAAGUCGCCAUUGUGACAUCACGACCUAACCUUAAAGACAUCAAAUAUAAUAAAGAGCGCGGACCUAACGGUCAGGCGACCUUUCAAACGUUAAACACGCGUGUACGUGUGAUGACGCCGAUACAAUGUACAGAAACGUUAAUUUUUGAAGUAAAGGUGUGGAAAUAAUUGUAGUAAGGAUAAAAUAAAGCCAAAAACAUGACACCUUUCAACGAAGAAGACUGGAAUACAACUUUUAACAAGUCUGAAUUACCUUUAACACUGGAGUCUGCUGCAGGAACCAACUCAGACUGCACCGAUACCAGUGAGGAGAAUCAGUUGAAAGGUCUGCUUUCUAUGGAUGAUUCUAUUAUGAAGGAUGUCGAGCUCGAUAUCAGUUGUGCACAGGUUCGCAAUAAAUUUGAAGACUUUAAUCAUAAAGAAGAUGAAGAUUCUCCACAUUACUCUUGGUUUGAUAAGGACUUAAAUAAAUCCAGAUUUUUGACUGAUAAAUUUACGCAAAAUUUGAAUAAUGAUGACGUAGAUUGGAAAAUUGUUACACCCAAGAAAAACCAAUUGGAGCUUAAUGAUAGUAUAAAUGAUUUGAAUGAAUCGAUAAAUUUUUUGAAGCAUAAAUUAUUUGCUACUGAAAGCGAUAAAAUUAUCCCAUUCAAGAGACGACACACAGAGUUGAAUAAAAAUUGUGUAUCAUCUUAUAAUUACCCGUUCUACGGUUUGCCAGAUAAAGUGAAAAAUCUUAUAAAGCAGCAUAAAGGGAUUGAUAAACUAUAUGAUUGGCAAGAUGAAUGUCUUAAUAUGAAAGCUCUGAAUGAGAGAAAAAACCUCAUUUACGCUCUACCCACUAGUGGAGGAAAGACUUUAGUUGCAGAAAUUUUGAUGCUUAGGGAAGUCAUUUGCAAUAAAAAGAAUGCAAUAUUUGUCCUACCCUUUGUAGCAUUGGUUCAAGAAAAGAUCCAAUCCUUGACACCCUUUGCUUUAGCUCUAAAUUUUUUAGUAGAAGAAUAUGCAGCCGAGAAAGGCCAUUACCCUCCAAAAAAACGUCGGAAAAAAAACUCCAUUUACAUAUGCACUAUAGAAAAAGCACAAUCUAUUGUUAAUUGUCUCAUAGAAUUAGGCCGCCUUAACGAGAUAGGGAUUAUUGUGAUUGAUGAAUUACAUUUAUUAGGAGCCAAUGGAGGAAGAGGUGCUACAUUAGAGUGCUUACUUACAAAAGUAAUGCAUGUAAAUAGUAAUGUUCACAUAGUCGGUAUGAGUGCAACAAUAGGCAAUUUAAAAGAAAUUUCUGAUUAUUUAAAUGCAGAACUGUACACUCAAAAUUUUAGACCAGUUGCUAUUAAAGAAUAUGUUAAAUGUGAAGGUAACAUAUGGCUCAUUGACACUCGAGAAGAAAAUAUAUUCACUGAUAAGAAAACUAUUAAAUACAAUUAUUCACAGAAAGCUUUGCAAGUUGAUCCAGAUUUCUUAGGUGGUCUAGUCAUGGAUGUUGCACCAAAGGAUUCUUGCCUUAUAUUUUGUUCAAGCAAGAAGAAUUGUGAAAAUGUAGCUGUUUUGCUAACGCAAGUAUUGUUGAAAUCAGUGGAAGUCCACAAGGCAGAUGAAAAAAUCAAGUUACUCAAUGCCCUUGAAACAGAAACUGGAAGUAUUUGUCCGGUUUUAAAAAAGACUAUCAAAUUUGGUGUAGCAUAUCAUCAUUCUGGCUUGACCGCAGAAGAGAGAAGAUUAUUAGAAGAAGCUUUCAGAUCUGGGAUACUCUGUGUGAUAUGCUGCACAUCAACUUUAGCUGCAGGUGUCAAUCUUCCAGCAAGAAGAGUGAUUUUUCGAUCGCCAUAUGUUGGAACUGAAUUUUUGAAUAUGAGCCGAUACAAACAAAUGAUUGGCAGAGCUGGAAGAGCUGGUAUAAGUGAAAUUGGCGAGAGCAUACUAAUUUGUACAAAAAGAGAUUCAGAAAAAGUACGUGAACUUCUAAGAUCAAAAAUGGAUGAUUCCCUAAGUACCCUACAUAUUGAAAAAGAUCGUGGCGUCAACAAUCUCAUCAUAAGUUCCGUGCUUCUUUCCAUCGCCACAACAAGAGCCGAUAUACUCAAUAUAAUGUCGAAAACACUGCUGAAGGUUCAAGAAAAUCGACUUGGGAUCAGUGUCAAAGAAGUAACAGACAAAGCCUUGACCACGCUUUUAAAAAGUGGAAUUCUCAGAGUGAAGCAAAAACAAACAAAAGAGGUUUUCUCAAAACUUGAUUCUACUGUAAUUUUUCCAUCGCAGAUAAACACUUCGAACGAUGAUGUAACGACGAGUGUUAAAAAGGAGAAAAAGAACUACAUUACUCUGGUUAACAGUACAGAGUUAGAAUUAUGUCCUCUCGGGCGAGCUGCAAUGAAAGGGUCAAUUGACUUGCAAAGUGCUCAUACUUUAUAUGAAGACUUAAAAAAAGCACAAGCUAAUUUAGUGCUUGUAGACUACCUCCACCUCUUGUACCUGAUAACUCCCUACGAUGUUGCUUGUCAGGUGAAACCUGUUGGCACGGUUUAUUACGAUGUUAUGAUGUCCUUACCUCCUCAUCAGAUGAAAGUAGCCAGAUUACUUGGGAUUAAUGAAGCAGCUGUCGAUCGAUUACGUGCGGGAAUAACACCAAAGAAUGUAGAUCAAAGGAUAGUACAAAGAUUCUACGUAACGUUAAUGCUUAACGAACUUUGGAAUCGUCGAUCUAUUUACUUUGUAGCUGAUAAAUAUCAAGUGAAUCGAGGUACUAUCCAAAACCUACUGAGUUUAGCUUCAUCUUUUUCAUCUUCUGUGGUUCGAUUCUGCGACGAGUUGGAUGAGUUUUGGGCCUUCAAGGAUUUAUUAUCAACUUUCGGUCAAAAAUUGACAUACUGCUGUGCUUCCGAAUUAGAACCGUUAAUGGAUUUACCAUACGUUAAAAUAGGGCGUGCUAAACAACUAUACAAAGCUGGAUUCAAGUCUUUGCAGUCAAUUGCAAAAGCGAAACCUGAAGAUAUGAUGGAUAAAAUCGAACAUUUACCAAGAAGAGUAGUUUCUCAAAUUAUAUCUUCUGCCAAACUUCUCUUACUAGAGAAAGUAGAGAAUCUCAGAGAUGAAGUGGAAGAGGUGCUAGAUGGUCUGGACUUCUAAGCAAUAUUUUAAUUUGACUAACAUGUCAAUUGUACAAUGUUUACUGUGAUAUUAACAAAGUUGUGAAUACGUAAGACUAUCCCUAUUUACAAAAGUUUGUACAUAAUUGUAAUACAAAUCGAAAACUUUUUUUAUACAAUAUUUAAUAUUAAUUUUGUAAAAACACAGCUGUUUGCUGGAUAAACUAAAUAAUUUAUGAUUGUUUAUUAUAUAAGUUAUAUGUCUUAGAAACGCAAAAUUUUUUUGUUGAAUUUGAAAUGAUGCAAUAAUAAAAAAUAUUGGUAACUGCAA